AUGGCCAUCGGUAGGCUCCAAGCUGCACUAGCGGCUGCAACAAACGAAGUAACAGUAGCGGCGGCAAACAUCAACUUCAAUUUUACUUUGAUUAAAUGCAAAGCACCCAAAGAAUACCAAGCGCUCAGAAAUGCACUUUCUAAAAAACACAAAGAGAACGCCGAAUUUGGCUCAAGUCGUGUGCUGGCGAGACAACUCGGUGCACUUUUCGACGGCGUCUGCCCUUCAGCCCCUGCAUUGUUGGAAGCAUACAUCGGUAAACCAGGACUUAACUUUCUCCUACCUCCAAAGCAACCUAUAAUGCGAGAUAUUGACGCCGGAAAUUGGAAAGUUGAUUCCUAUGAUCGUUUUGACGGUUCUGCGUCUCAUUCAUUCGAAAACACGUCCAUGCACCUGUCAUUUACUGAUUACCUUGUCCCUCCCUUCGACGGACUGCGAGGAGCAUAUGACAGUCAGAUAUACUUCCUCGAGUCUGUCAUUUCUGUCCAAGACAAAGGCGAAUGGAUUGCUAACGUAGACCCUUGA